CAGGGAGAGAACAUUUUACUACACCCAAUAAGACAUGAGCCUUACCAAUCCUUUCUUAAUGGAUCCCGUUCUUAUCUUGAAAUAGAAAAGACAAAAAUUCGUCCUUUUACCAGAAUCCUUCUGUAUAGUAAUUCACACAAAAAUUAGAAAAAACUAGAUUUUAUGUCAGUUGGCCUCUGUCUGAGUGGUGCUUCGUAGUACCAAUAGCAAGUAGAAACAUGGCGACGCUCUCUGAUUUCGGUGCUUUCAUGGAGAGAUUCAUCUUACAUCCUCCUCAACAACUCCCUUUAAAAGGUCUUACUUUUGCUGUUAAAGACAUAUUUGAUGUUGAAGGAUAUGUCACUGGGUUUGGUAAUCCGGAUUGGGCAAGGACUCAUGGGGCUGCCGUAUCAACAGCUCCGGCGGUUUUGGCUGUCUUAAAUGCAGGCGCCACAUGUGUUGGCAAAACUGUCAUGGAUGAAAUGGCCUACAGUAUAAAUGGAGAAAACAAGCAUUAUGGAACCCCUACUAAUCCAUGUGCUCCAGAUAGGGUACCUGGAGGAUCUUCUAGUGGAUCUGCUGUAGCAGUAUCUGCUGAGCUUGUAGAUUUCUCUUUAGGAACUGACACUGGAGGAAGUGUAAGGGUGCCUGCAGCAUUCUGUGGAAUUUAUGGUUUCCGACCUUCACAUGGAAUUGUUUCUACUACUGGUGUUACUCCCAUGGCACAGAGUUUUGACACUGUUGGAUGGUUUGCUAGGGAUCCUAUCAUCUUGAAUCGAAUUGGACACUUGCUAUUGCAAUUACCUGAUAUGGAUCCUGUGCAUCCUAAUCGCAUCAUUAUUCCAGAUGACUGUUUCCAACUUCUGAGUAUUCCAAGUGAUCGAGUGACUCAGGUUCUUUUUAAGUCUCUGGAAAAAUUGUUUGGAGUGGUUUUUCCAGGGGAAGUUGUAAAACAUAUAAACCUUGGCGAUUAUGUUAACGAUAGAGUUCCAAGUUUAAAGCACUUUAUGGACAAAAGCAAUGAACAGAAAGAGUAUAACAUACCAUCUCUAGUAGCCCUUUCAAGUUCUAUGCGGUUGCUUCAGAGGUACGAGUUCAAGAACAAUCAUGGAGAUUGGGUUCUUUCAAUUAAACCUGAUUUAGGUCCAGGGAUAUCAGAAAGGAUCUGGGAAGCCAUUAGAACAACAGAUGAAAAAAUCAACAUCUGUCAUACUGUGAGGAAUGAACUCCAUGCUGCUCUUACAUCUCUGCUUGAGGAUUUUGGUAUCCUUGCAAUUCCAACAGUUCCUGGUCCUCCACCUAAACUGCAAACAGAGGCAACUAAGCUUGAAACUUUUCGUGUCGGAGCUUUUAGCUUGCUCUCUAUUGCUGGAGUUUCUGGGUUUUGCCAGGUGACAAUACCAUUGGGGAUGUACGAUAACCUUCCUGUUGCAGUUUCACUUUUAGCAAAACAUGGUUCAGAUGGAUUUCUACUUAACCUUGUUGAAAGCCUCUAUGUUCCUCUGAAAGAACAGAUCAAAAUUGCUGAAAGCAUGAAUUAUUGAAGUUGGUCUUUUGGUACCACUCAUGGUUAAUUCUAAUUCCUUCUGUAAGAAAUAAAUCAGAGAGAGGAGAAGAUACUUUUCAUUGUUUGUGUCCUAUAAAUGUAAAAGCGAUAAUGCUUUACAGGAAUUUGACCAUGAUGUAGUCAACCAGUCUUUUCCACAGGAUAAUUUCUAUAUGCAUUUAGGGGCCAGGACCCGCUUUAAUUCUA